AUGUCCGAUCUGCUCGGCUCGCGCUGGGCCCCCGGCGCGAGCGAGACGCAAAGACCCCGAGCGCCGCGCCAACGCUCUCCGUAUCACUCGCCUCUCUCCCACUCCCACAACCCCGACAAUGGCAACGGCAACGGCGCGCGCGCAUCGGUGGCUGCGCCCUCCCCAGGGGCCCUGCUACCCCCAGCAGAGGAACUGGCGCGGUUCAUGAAAAUCGUCGCGCGGCUGCGCUGGAAACUGCCUUUUCUGGCCGAGGGCUACCGACUGGCCACGCUGACGGUUGGCAACGGGGUGACGGACGCGGAAGUCGCGCACGCGGAGAUCAUGUUCAAGAUCGAUUUCCAUGAGUACUAUGCGCUCCUUGAGCGAGCGAUCGUGCACCUGCUGGCCGUGUUUAAUGUGACGGUCACGUCAGCGCCGCGGGGAUCAUCGCGCGCGUCGCGGGUCCCCGCCGAGAACGGGGGAGCCCCGCUGAAGGAGGAGACGACUCCGUUGGCCCCGAUCUUGGGGAGUGGCCAUGUCCACGAGCAAUUGCAAAAGGCCAAGGAACUGCGUAACCGCUGGAAGACGGCGGAUAUGACCCGCGAAGAGAAGGAGCAGAAUUCGUUCGCGGCCAAGCAGGAGGUCAUGCCACUGGCGAGCUAUGACUUGGAAUCCAUUUUGACGGGGAUAUUUGCGGGCUUGGAGGAGGCUUAUGGGCGUGCUCGGGGUCAUGUGGACUGGUGUAAACGGCCGGGCGAGGCUGCCGGGGACGAGAUGGAAUCGGAGUCCGACUGGGGAUUCAUGGUCGAUGCCAUGGACUGGCAAGCUGUAUGA